AACACUCAGACAAUUCAGAUUGGAAUAAAAAACGUGGAGGUUUGUUUUGAUUUUGAAUAGGUUUGGAAUAAAACAAUUUAUUUAGUUAAAAAGUGAAAUGGUGAGCCACAAGAAGAAAUUACGCUCUGAGAAGGCGAAAGUUAAACUAAAGGCCACCAAAUUGCCUAAAGGUCUUAAUGUCACUAAAACGGAAUUCAAGGUUCGUAAAAUUACGAUCAGGGAACAGUUGACGGAAUCACAAUACGCUGAUGGAGAACGCCAAUUGAACUUGAAGGAAACUAUUUCACGCUUGAAACACCACAGUUCAAAUAUGCGUGCUGAUGCGUUGCGAAAUCUACGCGAGGCCAUAGUUGCUGGACGUAUUAAUCUAACUGGUUAUAUGAACAGCCUGUUGCAAGGUGUUUCUGCAAUUUCGUUGGAUAUCGAUAGAGAUACACGACGGGAUUCAUUUAAGGUGUUGAAAUGUCUUUUAAGUGCGCUAAAAACGGAUGAGGUUGUGCCUUUCUUCCAUAUAAUCUCAUCUUAUUUACGUUGUGCGAUGACACAUAUACAACCGGCGAUACAAGAAGAUUCACUUCUAAUGCUUGAUGUUCUCAUGGAACAUGUGCCACAGUUAGUAGUUACACAUAGUGUAAAGAUCAUACGAAAUUUCCUUGAAAUGAUUUCGCGUGCGCGCAAAGAAGGUGAUCACACCAGCCGAACACUUACUGUUCGCUUAGGCGAAAAGCAAACUACAAUAAAGUGGCGUACUAAAGUUUUGGAACGUUUGCGUCAAAUGCUCGCUACUUUAGUUGAAUAUAAACGCGCAAAUAAUAGUGGAAAAAUUGUGAAUAGCUUCACAAAAAAUGUUACAUUCAAUCCAACUGCGCCACAGCAUUACAAUAUAAAAAGACAAUUUCUUAGUUCGGCGAAUAAAGUCGACCUACUAGCCGUGCUGAGACCUUCGUUAGGCCAUAAAAGUGCUGACGCCAUAGAAGGUAAUGAAGAGGAAAGGCUACGGGAAUACGUUGAUCACCUGCUGCCUUUACUGGUGGAAUCCUGGAUUGAAGUACGACCACAGGAGCAGCAAAUGUCGGCAACAUUGACAAGUGAGGCAGCACAAACUCUGAAAGUUGCAUUAGAAAUACUACAAAAUAUCUGGAUACUAAUUGAGUUGCACGAAGAGACCGAAAGCAAUAAGCAACUAAGCGCGUGGUUUCAACAGCAAUAUGCAGAAGUUUUUGCUGACAGCUUUUUAUCUGAAGGUUUUCCUUACCAACAGAAUUGUGAAAAAGAUCCGGAUGCGAGCAAGAAAUCUUACAAGAAACAUUUAAAAUUGUUAAGCCUUAGCGGUGGCGAGUUAUGUUUAGAGCAAAACAUAUGCAUGGCAUACUUAAUGUGCCAAUUUUACAAGUCACACAGCGCAAUACAUACGCAGACCGAAAGGUUCACUGCGUUGUUCAAAUACCUCGAAGAAGUUGUAUCUAAUCUCUCGGCGCAUCCCUUACAAAACCACCACGCUCUGAUACGAGCUUUACGUAUCAGCUUAUUUGAGAACGAUAUUAAAUUUUUGCAAUUGCAUAAGGAUCUAACGCUACCACUACUGAACAGUACCAUGGAAGCUUUUCUGCAAAACAAUUUUCCUGCUAAAACUAACUCCGAAACAGAAGUGCUCACCCUCAUUUGUGACAUUGUGCAAACCACACAGCUAAGACAACAUUAUGGGGAGCAUAUAUUCGAACGCUUCUUGGAGUAUUUGCCACAACUUUUACUCAAACCAUAUGUGCAAGUGUCCACCGUUAUUGCUAUGUCCACUUUAGCCAAGCAGAAAAAUUCGACUUUUCUUCGUGCGUUGGAAAGUAAAAUUUCAGCCGUUAUUGAAAAUUUACAGAAAAUACAAGUUGCUGGAGCACCAAAUGCGUUUGAGGGUAAAAAACACAUUAUCAAUUUAUUUUACUGGACCGAAAGGAAUUUUUCACCAGAGCAAAAAGAACUUUUGCAUCAAAAUAUCGAUAAGCAUAUUACGGACAAAAGAAUUGUGAACUAUUUCAAAUAUAUACUAUCCGGCUAAAAAGCAAAAAAAAAAAUACUUAACAGGUGUUUACUGAUAACCGUACUCAGGACUAAAAUUCGGUAUAGAAAUAUUGUUAUGUAAUAUUUGUAUGAAUAAACAAAUUUAUAUUUAAGUGGGAAUAUUUCAUAA